UGAUGCUGCCAAAUAUUGAUCGGCAGUGCCUCACAAGUAAUAUCAGAUUUCUGUAUCAUUCAGAUCAAGUCCACCAGCCAAAGCGAAGAAACGAGGAUGUCUCAGGCAAAGGAAAUGAACAACGCACCCCAGUGGACGAUAAAGAUGGCGGAUGGAACGUCGGAGACAUUGGCUCCUCGCGAAGGGCCAGUCAGGAAGGCUUGGAACUGUCUAGUCCGCCUGCUUUCGCAGUUCGUCUUGAAAAUUUGGAGAUUUCUUCAGAAAGCGUGGAGCUUGGGAGCCAACGACCCGAGGAAAGUGGUUCACUGUCUGAAGGUUGGGACGGCGCUCAGCGUGGUGUCGCUCUUCUUCUACAUGAGGCCCUUGUAUGAAAGCGUUGGCAAGAAUGCCAUGUGGGCGGUUAUGACCGUCGUGGUAGUUUUCGAGCAUACCGUUGGCGCAACAAUAAGCAAAUCUUUUAAUAGAGUCUGCGGGACCAUUCUCGCUGGAUUCCUUGGUCUCGGAGUCAACUGGGUGGCCGACCAAUCAGGAGAGAAGUUUGAGCCCUGGAUCGCCGGGUCUUCCCUAUUUUUACUCGCUUCUGCAGCCACCUUCUCGAGGUUCAUUCCGUCGGUGAAAGCCCGGUUUGAUUAUGGAGCCAUGAUAUUCAUCCUCACCUUCAGUUUGGUCUCGGUGUCAGGUUACCGGGUGGAAGAGCUGUUUGCCUUAGCCCACGAGAGAUUAUCCACGAUCGUCAUUGGGACUUCCCUGUGUAUCAUCGUAAGCAUGCUCGUCUGCCCAAUCUGGGCUGGCACCGAGCUGCAUAAUCUGAUCGUCCGGAACAUGGACAAACUCUCCUGCUCUUUAGAGGGUUGUGUCAUCGAAUACUUUGAUGGUAGUGCAGAAGGUGGCAAGAGUGAACCUAUUAAGAACUUACAAGGCUACAAAUGUGUGUUAACUUCAAAAGCAAUGGAAGAAACCAUGGCCAACUUUGCUAGAUGGGAGCCAGCGCAUGGCCAUUUCAACUUCCGGCACCCAUGGCAACAGUACCUCAAAGUCGGGGCAUCGCUGCGUAGUUGUGCAUAUUGUGUCGAGGCUCUCUAUGGCUGCAUCUGUUCAGAAACUCAGGCCCCAGAGUCGAUAAAGAGCCAUCUUGCGAGUACAUGCUUGAGAGUGAGCUCCCAAUCUUCCAAUGUCGUAAAAGAACUAGCGAAAGUGAUCAAGGCAACGAGUAAAUCAUCAACGAUAGAUUCUGUAGUAGGAGAAAUGGAUGAUGCUGUUAAAGACCUCCAGAGUUGCUUAGCAGAUCUUCCUAAGUUGCUUCUUCCAUUACCAACACCUGAAGUCAGUGGCCUUGAGAAAGCAGAGAGAUCAGCGGCUUCAUUGGCUACAACGCCACUGUUGGACAUGGUCCCGCUAGUGACUUCAGCAUCUUUACUCAUCGAAAUUGCCGGAAGAAUCAAAGGAGUUGUGGAAGACGUUGACGAAUUAGCAGACCUGGCUGAAUUCGAGCCCGCAGACCAGGAGAAUUCGAAACACAAUCAGCCCACGAACAAAAUUGCUAUGCAGAAACAGAAUGAGGAGGGAACACAGAAGGCCCUUGAGAGGGUAUAAAUGACAAGAAACAAAUCUUUUUACACUUUUUGAUUUGGUCGAGUGCUCACUGAUCAAGAACAUUGACAUGUUUACAAGAUCAAGAUUGACUCCCAUUAGGUAUGUGAAGAAUCAAUAUAGUUCCAAAUAAUGAAUCUCAGAAUCAGAAUCAGAACAAAUCUCAUAUAAAAAAAGUCGGUUGGGAUAUGGAUCAAAGUUCUAGGUGGGGCAAAAUUUGAUUGUUGUUCUUACAACAUAAGAGCAAGAUGAUCUGUCACAGGGAAUUAGUGGUCCAGAAGAACUGUGAAUAAGACAGAUUAAAAAAGCAUCUUGGUUUGUUAAAAAAAAAAAGAAGAAGAAGAAGAAGAAAAAGAAGUCAUGAAAGAAGAUCAAAUGGAGAAAGUGUUUGUUCUUGUUUCCAAACCAAUUGAUGGUUGGUGUCCAUUACAUUGGUUUGAGCAUGCUAGGGUACUUAAUCUUUAAUUUUAUGGCACCACUUGUAACACUACUUUUUGGUUAGAUGUUUCCAGAGUGGAACCUUUCUAUUAUGGGUAAGUAAAAAAUUUACUGUUACAUCAACUUCAUGAAACGACUAGUCCCAAUAUAAUCCAAGCCAAUUGAAGCUUACAAAAAGCAGUCAUCUUCCACCAAAUUCCAACCAAUACUGCCCAGGGAUAAAAGACAAGGUACAGCGGAAACUGCAAAGCACCACUCCGAUUCCAAACUAAUAUGCCAAUUGGAACAUAUCU